AUAAAUCAUCACAAUUCUCAUGCAUAUAAUAGAACCUCUCAAUCUCCUCUCAUCUCAUCUCUAGUACUGUCAAAACAUUAACAUGGUCUCUCUUGAACCUGAACCUGUUCAAGUUAACCUCAGAUCUAGUGAUGCACCUUCAAGUCCUAGAAUAUCUUUCUCAGCAGAGUUUCUAGAUGAUAACAACUUCAUCACUAUAAGUCCAAAUCCUCUCUACAAAGAAAAAGACCAAGAACAUGAAAAAACAAAGAACACAGAUCAGUUUGAGUUUCUGUCAAACAACAGUAUGACCAACAACAACAAAGUUCUAUCAGCUGAUGAACUUUUCUUUGAAGGCAAAAUCCUUCCCUUUUGGCAGAUGCAACAUCUAGAGAAGCUCAACAAGAUCAACCUGAAAGCGAAAGACGUAGAAGUAGAGAUAGAAGGAGUAGUAGAAGAAGGAGAACAUGAAGAGGAAGUGAUUGAAGUUGUAGUGAACAACAAAGAAGACAAUAGUAGAGUAAAUUGGUUUGUAGAUGAUGAUCCAUCACCUAGGCCACCAAAGUGCACUGUUCUAUGGAAAGAGUUAUUAAGGUUGAAGAAACAAAGAGCUUCUUCUUUAUCGCCUUCGUCGUCUUCAUCGUCGUCUUCUUCAAACGCUAGCUCGCUCGGGGACGCGGCUGCUAAAGAAGGUUCGAGAAACAAAGAGAAUCAACAUGUGAAGAGGAUAAAGAAAGGGUUGGAGAGAACAAGAUCAGCUACUAUUAGAAUUAGACCAAUGGUUAAUGUUCCAAUUUGUACACAAAUGAAGAACACUGCUUUGCCUCCACUAUUUCCACUUAAGAAAGGCAAAUUAGAGAGAGUUUCUCAGCAUGUGAGUCCCACAUGAUGAUGGGUAUCUAUCAGCCACAAACAUUUCAUCAGAGAAUGCUAAAUCAAUUAUAACAAGUGGUAAGAUCUUUUUGAAAAACUGAUAUUUUAAAGCCAAACCAAACGGUACGUAAAUUUCGUUUACAGUACAG